CCGCCAUAAAUUGCUUGCAAGAUUUCUGAAGGGGUGCAGGAUUUCGAAUGUUUCACCCUACAGGAUUUGAUGUUAUCCCUCGACUGCGCAGAAUCGGGUAUCGAUAUGCACAGCUAUAGUUACUAACGUAAAUUGCAGAACAAUGAAUACAGGAACUAAACAUUUUUUGUGAAGCAUAUUUGUGCGUUUCUUACAAAACAAAGACUUAAUCGAAAGUAAUUUUAUAUCAAAAGAUGGACACCUAUCCUUGAUGUAAUAUAUUCAGUGAUGCUAUUAUGGUGCAGGUAUUAACAAAAUUUCAUUCACACCGAUUGUGUUUUAUUUGAUUGCCCUCAGUAAAACGUUUGGAAAUUGAUGUGAUGGUCAAAAAUAGUCGUCCAGCAUAAAAUAAUUUGAAGUCUACUAUAGUUUUAAGGGCUACAAAAACAAUGGAUGCUAUUCCAGUUGGCAGAAAUUUUGUACUGGUGAAAGAGGAGGAUCUACCAAAAAUACUACAAACAAUCGAAAGUUUCUUGCCUCAUGCAAUAAAGUUUCAUCAAACGAUUCAAACGUACCUGAAAGACAAAAUAUGGCACUUUUAUUUCUAUAUAUCGAAAACAUGGCCCGAGGAUGCUGUAUGUUUACAUUUCCCAGGAUGCACGUUGACGUCAUACGAUAAAAUUUACGAAAGUGUGGGCAUAUUUUGUCCACCAGAUCAACUAGAUAAAAUGUCUCUCAUAGAAACGGAAGAUAUAUUAUUCAAUUGGAAUGAACCAAUUUACAUGAAUUUUACGCAUGUUGGCAUAAUGAACCAAAUGGAUUCAAUAUUUCGCACAAAAGUCAAUGGUCAACUGACAGGACGAAUUUACGGCGAUGUGUACAUUCACGAGUGUCACGCAGAAUUGCAUCAAGAUCUAGAACCCUUACCGAGCAACGAAGCUGUUCUUCAACAUUUGACGCUGAACAAUGUGAAGGAUAUACAUGAUUUGUAUCCGGCAGCAGAUAUCGAAAGCAUAGAGCUGUUUGAAAAAUUAGUCAACCGAUUGCCGGGCUUUGGUGUUUUCAACAAAAAUACCCAUGAGCUUGCCGCCUGGAGUCUUCAAUCUUACUACGGUGGCAUGUUUUCAAUGCAAACAAAACCAGAAUUUCGGCGUAAAGGGUACGGCAUACAACUUGCACAGACAUUAACAAAACUAGUCAUGAAAAGAGGUUAUAUACCGUUCGUUGUGAUAAGACCCGAAAACAAUGCUUCACGUAGUCUUUACACAAAACUAGGAUUUAGAAAAGCGUUUGAAAGUGUUCGUGGAACAUUUGCUCCGAAUGUAAGCAAUGUCGAAGAAGAUAAGGAAAACGAAGACAAUUUACAAAAAGAUGUGUGUAUUGACAAAGACAGAAAAAAUUGUUGAAUAACAUAAUUAUAUUAUACUAUCUUCUGCAUAAUGAUAUUUAUAGCUAGCUUUUCCAAAUGCAUUUGAAUAUGAAUCGCUUUUUACUCCAAUAAAAAUCAAUAAGUAAUUUCAAA